AUGAAUAAAGUAGUUUUAAUAACAGGAGCUGCAAGUGGAAUUGGAAGAGAUCUUUCACUUACAUUUCAUGACUAUGGAUUCAGAGUGUAUGCAACCUCUAGGAAUAUAGAUAAUAUGGGUGAUCUCAGUGAAAAAGGUAUAUCUGUAUUACAACUAGAUGUAUCAAACUUGGAAUCCAUCAACAACGCUGUAAACUACAUCAUCGACAACGAGGGUAAAAUAGAUAUUCUCAUCAAUAACGCUGGACUAGUUUACUAUGGUCCUUGUAUUGAGCUUCCAAUUGAAGAUACACGUCAUCUAAUGGAAAUUAAUUUCUUUGGUGUUGUAAAUGUUACUAUGGCAGUAUCAAAGUUUAUGGUUGAGAAGAGAAGUGGAAUCAUUGUGAAUAUAGGAAGUAUCUCUGGUGUGAUGACUUCACCGUUCACCGGAGUCUAUUGUGCCAGUAAGGCUGCGCUGCACGCGUGGUCCGACGCACUGCGAAUGGAGUUGGAUCCCUUCAAUGUGAAGGUGGUGACAUCGAUUCCGGGUACGAUCGUUUCGAAUAUAGUGGAUCGUGCAGUACCACAGCUUCGACAGCUACUGGCUCACUCGAUCUACAAACCGAUAGAGGCAGAGAUACUCGGCAGACCCACAAUGAUCAAAUCGAUACAGGUAUCGACACGAUCGUUCUCAGAGUAUCUCUUGCAAGUUAUAUUUCGUCGUCGUCUACCAGCAACGUUUAGAUACGGACCCGGUACAAUCUUCACAAUGAUCAUGAGUGCACUACCCACACGCUUUACAGACUGGUUACUAAAGAAGAAAGCAGGUCUUGCAAAAUUGAAACAAAUCAUAGAAGAACAAGCUGUAAAAUCACAAAAACAACAACAAUCAUUAUCAAAUAAUAAUAAUAAUAAUAAUAAUCAUAACAAUAAUAAUGAUGAAUAA